AUGGGUUCCAUCCCCGACUAUGCCCGAUCCUUUCGGGAUGCCAUUCAUCGAGCGAAACGAGCAAUUACUGUGGACAUUCAGCAACAUAAAAAGGUGUCUUACCAUUCGGAGCUGGCUGAAUGUCUGGAAUUCCUUAGAUACUUCUUUGAAUCUUCGAAAAACGAGCAACAAAGACAGAUUCAAAGGCAAUGUGGUGAGUAUUAACUUCCUGACUUGUUUUUCUUCAUGGUUUAGAUGAACCUUUGAAAAAGUUGAUGUCUAGUCUAAUAUAAAUUUUGGAUGAAAAUGAAAAAUUUUUGGCUUUAGGAGGACCGUUACGAUCUGUAAAUGCUAUGUAUUCUAAAUUUUCAGCGAUUCUUCACCUCUGCGCGGAGCUGGCAGUAAUUUCUUAUCCAGUGCAAGACGAAUCCGCGAUGCUUCCGAUUCGAAAAUACAUAGCUUAUAUCGUCCGAAACUUGACUUGUGCCCAAUUUGAUGCCAAAAUGCAGCUAGUUCACAACUCUCCGUUUAUGGAAUGCAUCGAUGGGUUCAUCAAACGAUCAAUCUCGUUGAUCAAGGUAUGUGUCUUCCAAUUUUGCUUGAUUUUUAGGUUGAUUUCGUCUGAACUUAUCUGAAUUUGAUAUUUACAGCCGUGGUGUGAUGUCCUGAUCAACAUGACAUACUAUCCGCCCACGCAGCAACGUCCCGGCGCGGCGAGUAUUCGAAUUCUCUCGGACCGGAUGAAUAACAUAAUCGAAGCCAUAAUUCGGAUAAACAGAGAGCGCCAACACCCUCUGACCAGGCCCUCGUCGCUCGGGUCGGUGUCCUCCAAUGGAUCUUCGAUGAGUUCGGAAGAGUAUGAGAGAGCGUUUACCGCUGCAUUCGCUGUUUUAUGGAACAUUUUACUGUUGGCGCCGGUAAAUCGGCGAAGAAUUUGUUUGGAUGAAACUUUGGUGAAGAUUAUCUUGGAAACUUCGACUCCAGAGAAGUGUAGAACAGCGUUGGGGCCUCCGAUUACUUCAGUCUUGUCGUUGAUAACAGGUAGGAAAUUGAAUUCUGCACUGUGCAGUGGGGUUCACAUAAAGUUCCAAUUUUUGAUGGAGGCAUUGUAAAAUACGGAUGGAAUACUGAUCAUAUAUGUGUGAAAUGGGUUCUAGAAGAGGCUAGAAAUAAUUUUACGGCUUUGGCGAUAGCAAUUUUUUAAGAAAUUUUAACUUUUUUGAGGAUCCGAUUGCACUGUGCAAUCAAUAAUUUUAAAAAUGGUUUUUAUGGGCUCGGUUGAAGACAGUAAAUUAAAAAAAAUAUUACAGGAGUUUUUGAGCUCAUAGCCAUUGAUUUUUGAUGUUGUACAUGAAAAAUUUUUAUAAAGAUUUUUUUGAAAUUUUUGAAAAAUAAAAAUUUUUGUUUAAAAAGUGAUGAUAGUGUCUUGAGAGCAUAGUAAAUUCAAAGCCGAUUGUAUUUACGUAUUUCAGAGCCCCCAUACGUCCACAAUUUCUCGCCGCGCGCCCUCCGCCGCAUCAAUGAAGUCCUCGCGCCGCUGAUCCAAGUAAACCAACCCAAAGAGAUCCUAACCAACGUUCUCAAGUCCAUGUACUUUUGCGUUCAGUACUCCACGGAACACCAAGUUACAGUAUCGAUUUAUCGCCGUUAUAUGGAACAAAUGGAAAGGGAUUUGGUUUUGAUCGGAAGGAAUAUGGAAAUGACUCGGGAAACUCGAGGCCAUUGGAUUUAUGCCUGCGAAUUUGUCCAGAAACUCAGGUUGUACAGUGUGGAGUACUGCGGAGGUAAGGGAAUUGGAUUUGAUUUUUUUUUGAAUUUUUAGUCAUGGAUAAUAUCAGAGAAAAAUUUUUUAAAUUUUUGAUGGAAAAAGUGAAAUUGUUGGUAAAAUACGGCUAGAAGGAUUGGCAGGCUAUAUUUUGCAAUUUUAAAUGGUAUUUGAUCGGAGUUGGACGAUUGGGGAAACCGAAAAGUAUUAUUUUUCUUCGAUGAAAGUGUCGAAAUUAGGAUAAUCGAGGGUGCUGAUUUCGAAAAUGACAUUCAUUUUUUUGAUAUUUACUUUUUCCUUAAGUAGUACUGUAAAGUAGUAAUUUUUUGAAUUUUUUUCAUAAAUACUCGAUUUAGGGGUUUUCGAUGGUGCUGAUUUCAAAUGAGAAAAAAUAAAUAAGAUUUUUUCGAAAUCAGCACCAUCGUAAACCCCCAAAUCGAAUAUUUAUGAAAAAAAUUCAAAAAAUUAUCACUUUACAGUACUACUUAAGGAAAAAUGUAAAGAUCAGAAAAAAAUUAAUGCCAUUUUCGAAAUCAGCACCCUCGAUUAUCCUUAUUUCGACACUUUGAUCAAAGAAAAAUAAUACUUUUCGGUUUCCCCAAUCGUCCAACUCCUCUCAAAUAUCAUUCAAAAUUGCAAAGUAUCUAUUGAGGGAUCUUCCCGUCGUAUUUUACCAACAAUUUCACUUUUUCCACCAUCAUCCCAGUUCCAUAUUUGACCGCCAUUAAUUUUUUGCAUUUUCAGCCCUCUCCACCCCAUCCUCAUCGAUAAAUUCGACCCUUUUCGACUCCCCAUCCCCGUCGUCCAGCGAAGAAAACGUCGAUUUCACUCCCCCAUCGCCCUCCAGCCAUCCCCAUCAAAGCCCCAGCUGCUCGCGACGAUACGACGAAAGAUAUACGGAAUCGACCCCAAAGUCCGCCAAAGCUCGAAGUGCCCUCAGAAAAAGAGAGUCCCCGUCGGCGCGGAAGGCCGUCCAUUUCCAACGACAACCAAUGGGAACUCGCGUACUGACGGAUAAACCUAUUUUCAAUAGCCAGGAGGUCUAUGCGCGACCCAAUAAACACCUGAUGAACAUGUAAGUUGGAGGUGGAAAGUGUAAUAUAAUGGGUAGAAGGUGGGGGAAUUUUGGUGAAACUAGUAUUUAUAGGUAGCUAAGGACGUAAUAAGGGAUGGUAGAAAAUUUGGAACCACGAAAUUUGAAGAUGGUUGAGAUAUUUGAGAUUUUUUCACCUAGUACAAUAUAAUUUAAAAUUGAUCAAAAAAUGUGUUUGAUCGCGGAAUUUUGAGGUGAAAUAGGAUGGUAGAGGAAGAAAAAGACAUGAGAAAGAAAUUCAAACAAAAAUUUUAAAAAAAAUUUGCAUAAAAUACGACAAAUUUCAGCCUGAAUCGCCAACCCCCAACUGACUCGGAACCCUCCGAUUUCUAUUCGUCGGUGGAAACCACCUCAACCGGAUUGAGCAACAACGAGAUUGCCGCCAGAAUGAGGCACGCACGAGUAAUGCAGCUGUCGGAUUCAUCGAAUAUGACCACAACAACAGCAUCUUCCCCAUUUGAUGAUUCAAGUCUAAAUGUCUAUGAAAAUCAUCAAUUCUUCAUGAAAGGGUCCGGCUACAGCGAUUAUAACGAUGGAGAGUAAGUUGCGAGGGAAUUCGGAGUGAUUUUUGGGGCAAUUUGGGAGGUUUAUUGACAAUCAGGGUUUUCGUGGUGGGACCCAAAAAUUUGAAAAAUACUGGUAAAAUUGAAAAGUUGGGGUGGUUAUAGAACGAGUAGGAUGCUGAGAGUGCUGAAGAAAAAUAUUUUUGAAUUUGGAGCAGUUUGAAGCUAAAAUUUAUAUUGUUUUAGGACCAGCGACUCAGCCAUGGUUCACACCACGUCCAGCUCCUCCAAUGGCUCCUCAACCAAGUCCAAUUCCACCCUAGACCACUCUCACUUCAACUCAACCCUGAAAGCACCUGCUGACCCCACGCAGGACACGGUUGGAUACUAUGAAAAUGAAGAAGUCAUCCAAAGCGCCGCCGAAAACAAAGAAAACACUCCGGCCGAGGAGCUGGAUGCAACGAUUUUCAUGAACUCCUCGGAACCGAGAACAGAUGAUCUGAACACUAGUAUUUGUGUGGAAAGAGGGUCAAUUUGCCCCCAAGUGACGUCGGUCAGCUCGUUUAGCGUGAAAUCCGAGGAUAUCUCACCGAAAAGCGAGUGUAACUACAAGGUAAAGGAGUCGGAUAUCGAGGAUUCGCCCUCACAAUGCGCUCAGAUGUUGAUGGAUCUGGAUCUGUAAGUUUGGCAGCGAUUUGAAGACUUUGAAGGUUUUCGUGGCGGGGCCCAAAAGUAGGAGUGGUGAUUUUAAAAAUGAGUGGUUUGGUGUAAAGUAAAGGUGGAUUUGGAUGAAAUGUGACAGAUUAUAAACUUUAAGACCUAUUUUUCGAAGCUAUGGUCAAAAUUCAGCCGGUUUGAUAUCAGUUUUGCCAAGUGUAAUAUAAUUUUUUUUUGUAUUUUAGAAGAGUGUAAUGUAAUAUAAGUCAAUGUUUGCGCUAUUUUCAGGUCCUCAACACCAAAAUCAAUCCACACUGUGGCCACAAUCCGCAGAACCGACCAGUUUUUGGACCCCUCAAGGCCAGAUCCAACGCUUGAAUCGAGCAGCUAA